GAUAAUGGGUCGAAUAUUGGUAUGAAUGACAUUGAGUACGAAUGAUUUUCGGUACGAAUUGCCCUGAUAUUUUACAAAUAACAAAAAUAUGCCCGUUAUAUCAAAUAAUUGCUACAGAUAAGUUGUUAAAUCUAAUCAUUUAAUUUUUAUGUACUUAUUACUUAUUUAUAAAAGAUUAAUCUAUAUAUCUCAACACAAGAUAACAUAUUUGUUUACAAUUCAACUUAUUCAACGAUAGUUCGACGAAAUCACUCUCAACCAUGGCUUCUAGAACUUUAUAGUCGCUGUUGAUGCCGUUGUGGUGGUUUCGGUACGAAGCGGUUAUGUAUGAAUCAUAUCUAGUUUAUCCAUAAUUCACUCCCUUUGAAAAUUUGCACCAUUUGUAACGAUUGUUCAACGUUUUUUGGAAAGAAGAGUUUUUUGGUCUCAAAAUUUGGCAAAGAGUUACAAGCUAGUGGUACCAGGAGAAAGCAACAACAACAACAACAAAAACACUGUUGAACAGAGGUACAGAUACAAUAUGUUUGUGUGGAGAAAUAUGUUGUGAUUUGUAGAAGCAUGUGUGAAACCACUCUUGAAAGAAAACUAUUGCUUUGCAAAUUAUGUGAUCAUUUAUUUUCCUUCGUAAUUUUCUUAUUGUACUGAAACAUCAUUUUUACAAACCAGUGACUUUAAGUUUGGUUUGUGAAUAUUCCUGUAUUGGAAAAUGCGAACUCACAGUUAUGAAGAUAUUAUUUUAUCAAUCAUUGUAGAAAAUUAGUAACCUCAAAAUACACUUGUCAAUAGUGUGUGUCAGUGUGUUUUAAAUCAUUUUCUUUUAGAUUCAAUCUUUAAGUAUAUAUAACAAUGUUGACUACUGAGGAAAAUUUCAGAUGCAAAAUAUGUGAUUGCUUACUUGCGGAUAGCAGUAGUCUGAAAACACAUAUGACAAUUCACACUGGUAAAAGGAAUUAUGAAAAUGCAAUAUGCCACCGUUCGUUUUCGCAAAGUAGUCAUCCUAAAACACAAAGAACAAUACACACUGAAGAUAUGAAUCAUGAAUGUGAAAUAUGUGUACACAAAUGUCAUCUUAAAAAUCACAUGAAAAAAUACACUGGUGAAAAGAAUUGUGAAUGUGAAAUGUGUGAAUAUUCCACUUUGCACAGAAGAAGUCUUAAAACGCACAUGCAAAUACAUACUGUUGAGAAGAAUUAUAAAUGUGAACUUUGUCACCGUUCAUUUUCACAAAGUUGUAAUCUUAAAACACAUAUGACAAUACACACUGGUGAGAGAAAUUAUCAAUGUGCAAUAUGUCACCGUUCAUUUACUCGAAGUAGUCAUCUUAAAACACAUAUGACAAUACAUACUGGUGAGAAGAAUCAUGAAUGUAAAAUAUGCCAGCGUUCAUUUUCUCAGAGGGCUUCUCUUAAACAACAUAUGACAAUACACACUGGUGAGAAGAAUCAUGAAUGUGAAAUAUGCCAUCGUUUAUUUUCUCAGAGGGCUUCUCUUAAACAACAUAUGACAAUUCACACUGGUGAGAAGAAACAUAAAUGUGAAUUAUGUCAUAAUUCAUUUUCUAAUAGCAGUAAUCUUAAACAACAUAUGACAAUACACACUGGUGAGAAGAAUCAUGAAUGUGAAAUCUGUCAUAGUUCAUUUUCUCGAAGUGGAGAUCUUAAAAAACAUAUGACAAUACACACUGGUGAGAAGAAUCAUAAAUGUGAAAUAUGUCAUAAUUCAUUUUCUCGAAGUGGAGAUCUUAAAAGACAUAUGACAAUACACACUGGUGAGAAGAAUCAUAGUCUUAGAUGUGUAAUAUGUCACCGUUCAUUUUCUCAGAGCAGUAAUCUUAAAAAACAUAUGACAAUACAUACUGGUGAGAAGAAUCAUGAAUGUGAAAUAUGCCAUCGUUUAUUUUCUCAGAGGGCUUCUCUUAAACAACAUAUGACAAUUCACACUGGUGAGAAGAAUCAUAAAUGUGAAAUAUGUCAUAAUUCAUUUUCUAAUAGCAGUAAUCUUAAACAACAUAUGAAAAUACACACUGGUGAGAAGAAUCAUAAAUGUGAAAUAUGUCACCGUUCAUUUUCUCAUAGCAGUUCUCUUAAAAAUCAUAUGACAAUACACACUGGUGAGAAGAAUCAUAAAUGUGAAAUAUGCCAUAAUUCAUUUUCUCGAAGUGGAGAUCUUAAAAAACAUAUGACAAUUCACACUGGUGAGAAGAAUCAUGAAUGUGAAAUCUGUCAUAGUUCAUUUUCUCGGAGCAGUAAUCUUAAAAGACAUAUGACUAUACACACUGACGUUAACGAUCGAUCUUUUAAGGGUCAUCAAAGCCGAUAUAGGCAUAUGAAUAUCCAUACUAAUAAAAUUAUAUAUAAAUGCAAAUAUUGCAUCUUCAAGUGCUCCAACAGUUGUGAGAUGAAACAACAUACGAGAAGGCACAAAAAAGAGAAACUUUAUAAUUGUGAUACAUGUGAUAAAUCAUUUUUAAAGAAAAAAGAUCUUGAAUCGCACGUUGAGAUGCACAUUUAAGUAGACAAAAAUGAAUGCAAACCAUUUUAGCACUUUAUUUAUCAUGCAUAUCGUAUGAAAUGCUAUUAACUCUGGUAUACUGCUGAGACCGGAAGACAUAUAAUGACACAGCAAAAAAAAGAAGGAAAAAACAGGUUACACAAAUUAUGUACAGUACUAAAAACUGUUGAAUUUGAAUUUAACAUUCUUCUGUUUUGUGUUUGGUUUGAAGAUUUACCAUAUAGAUAUUAAGUGGCGAUUUCUUGCAUACAAAUGUAAAUAUUACUUUAUAUACUGUGUAUACUUUUUUAACCUCUCUUAUUGUGUCACAAUUUCCUGGUUUUUCCAUUUGUAUUAGUUAAUAGUAUGAAUUGUUUUUUUUGUUUAUUUGAUUGGGGUUUACGUCACACCAACACAGCAUAGGUCAUAUCGCGAUGUUCCAGCUUUACUGAUUAAGGCAUAGGAACUCUAGAACAGGACCACAUAUUGCGGUGCAUAAAUCCGAAUCCUUACCGGUUUUACAUAUUGUUUGUCCGACCUUUGAAUAUAUUUUCAUAUUAUGCAGGCGGGUGGUCUUUAAUUAUCUAAUCUCAAUUUAAUAUAAUCUGCUAAUUUAAAAAUCAGUCAAUUUUACGGUAUAUUGAAAAAAGAAAAGGAGUGACAUCCGCCAUUUACCGCAACGUUCGGCGUAAGUUAUCCCCCUUGAUAUGCUUGAUUUUUUGUUUUAAUUUUUCUAUUACUCUCUUUAUGUCACUCAAUACAUGGAAAACUUUCACAUUUUCUAGUAACGAAUACCAGAUGAGUGCCUAAAAUAUUUAUCUAUGGAUCAUGUUUUAAUAUUCAUUUUUUCAGUUAGGCAAAAUCAGUUGGACCAUAUUACUGAAGUGUCUGUUUUCUCCAUGUUUACAAAUCAAAACACGAAUACGCCCGUUAUAAUGCCGCCUAUACAUGUCAACACGUGUAAUCAAUAAACCGUGAACGUUAUAUCCGGCUGAUACCUGAUAGUUGACAAAAAUAACGGGAACAAAAUUCUGAAAAAAAAUAGUAAUCAAUUGUAGCCAAAGGGGAAAAACUCAUGCCGAAAACGUUGCGGCGAAUGGCGGAUGGCACUCCUUGUCUUUUUUAUAAUACCGUAAAAAUUGACCAGUUUUGAAAGAGACGAAUUGGAUUCAAUUGAUAAUAUAUUUUUUGAGGCCAUAUACUCGGAUAAUACUUUAAGAUAUUAAGAUGUAGCAGAAACGUUUAAAAAACCGUUACACGAUCGAAAAUGUGCGCCGCAAUCUGCGGUCCCGGUCUCGAGUUCCUAUGUGAUUAAGGAAGACCUCAGGUGCCCUUCCGUGCAUUAUUUCAGGCACGAACGGACACCCGAGUCGAACCACCGACGUCCCGUAAGCUAGCUUGAUAGCUUCCUCACAUUAAAGUAUCCAAAGUCCCUGUUGGGAUUCGAACCCACAGCGGUGAGGGGCAAGUGGUUUGAAGUUAACGACCUUAACCACGGAAGUAUAAUUUGUAAACCAAAGAUGAGUACCUAUACAGUGUGAUUUGUAUACCAAAGAUAGUACCUAUUCAAUUAUCAACACCAAUAUGAACACCAUGGACAGUAACUGUAUCUAUAAUUGUAUUUAUCAUGGUUAACACAUGUUCAAAAUAUGUAAUAUUUAUUAUCAUGGAUUUAUUGGGGUCCAAAAUAUGUAAUUUUUAUAAUCAUCGUUUUACUUGUCUCCAAAAUAUAAAUCUUUAUUCUCACGGUUUACUCGUGUCCUAAAUAUGUAAUUAAUUGUUUUUAUCAUGGUUUUACUAGAAUUCAAAAUAUGUAAUUGUUAUUAUCAUGCUUUUCUCAUGUUUUAAAUAUGCAUUAUUUUGUCUUAUGCUGCGCUAAUACUACAUGUAUUGAGGAUGAACAUUGUAUGUAUGUUAUUUGUUAAAGCCAAAAAAACAUUGAGUUGAAUAUAUAAGUUGUAUAUGUGUGUUAUUUACACAUAAAGAUAAUUAUAUAAACAACAUAUUAGUAUCCAUGUCUAUGAAAUAACCCUUGAAUUUUUCACUAUAACUGUAAACUUUAAAAAUAAAUGUAUUAUCAUGUUCUGAUAAUAAUAUUUAUAUAAUUUAAA